AUGGCUUAUCCACGAGCCUCUAACCCGUGACCGUCAUGAGGAUUUUUCCAGACCUUUCCCCCCUUUACUUUCCCCAGAAGGUAGAAGGAAUUUGGGCGGGUGAAACAAGAAAUAAGACGGGGGAACACUAAGGCGCCUGACUCUGUAAGCCAGGCAAAAGGAGGAACGCUCGUCUGCAAUCGAAUUAACCAAUUUGCUUAAUGAGGUGCAACAACACAGACGGGAUGCCUCGAGGAGACUUCAACAUCUACUUUGCCAGCAGUCGACGUGGAUUUGCCAGAGCUGAAGAGGCAGUCGGUGUUGUGCUGCUGGUCAUCAUCCUGGCUGCUCUCAUCCUGCUGGGUUGCUGGUACUUUAAAAGGAGAGGUGGCUAUAAAAAAAUUAGGCAGAGUCCCAGAGCUGGAUCACCAACUUACAUGGGAGGCCAGUACACUGAGGCUGGAGCUUCUGCGGAAAACAAGAUGUCGCUUACGGACUUUGGCAGCCUGCGAUCUGUUAUGCCGAACGCUCCUCCAGCCUAUGAAAAGAUCUCCUCGGGCCCACUGCCUCCUCCUUAUUCACCUUAGAAAGACAGGACAACAGAGGACUGAUGGCCAACCAAGAACAGAAACUGCUGUUCAUCCAACACCAGCAUUAACAUAGUUGUUGAUAAAUCUGUUAACAUUUAUAAAAUAUACAACGUGGUUUCAAACGUCAUAAAAACACUACCACAAGGAGUCUUUGUAGAACAGAGGACACAAUGUUUUAAUGUCACACUUUGACCUCCACAUUUGUUCCAUGAACUUGGCAAAGAACUACCAAAUCGAUAUGUUAGAAAAUAAAUACAAAAUGACUGCAAAACAUUUAACUGUGACUCAAGUAUGUACAAAUCAAACAGGCUUAACAUUUCCUACAAAUUUCUAAGCAGUUUUUCCAAACGCUUGAGAAUAGACACAAGUGUCAUGUUCACUGGAUCACCUGGAGUAAAUAGCAGGUUGUAACAAUGCUUAUCGAAGAGUUUGCUUUUAAAGCACGAAUUACAAUAAAUUAUGAAAUCCAUUUAACUCCUUUCUCCCAGUUGUCUUUACUGGCCAUGAAGUCCAAAACAGAUCUGUUAACCUCAGUUAUCAAACAGACAAAAAAAAAAUAAAAUUGCUUAG